AUGGGGUCAUUCAAACUCUCAUUUACACUGCUUUGUUUCUUAAUUCUAGGAACUGUUCACACCAACCAUUCCCAAAACUCUCAACAGGAUUACUUGGAUGCUCACAAUACAGCUCGUGCUCAAGUGAGUGUGGGGAACAUGGUAUGGAAUGCGACUGUUGCUACCUAUGCUCAAAACUACGCUAACCAGAGAAUAGGGGAUUGCAAUCUUAUACAUUCUCAAGGACCUUAUGGUGAGAAUCUCGCUGAAGGUACUGGUGACUUCACAGGUACUACGGCAGUGAAUUUAUGGGUAGCUGAGAAGACCAAUUAUGAUCAUUCCACUAAUACAUGUGCUAGUGGUCAGGUUUGUGGACACUAUACUCAAGUUGUGUGGCGUAAUUCUGAUCAACUUGGAUGUGCUAGGGUUCAGUGCACCAAUAAUGGUGGGUGGUUCGUUAUUUGUAGCUAUUAUCCUCCUGGAAACAUCCUUGGCCAAUCUCCUUUUUAG